CGACGGCGGCGGUGGCGGCGGCAGCUGGCGGUGCUAGCAGAGACAUCUGACGGUCACCUUGGCGGCUAUCCACCAAAACAUCGGCAGACGGACUAAGGUGGACGAGGCUGGUGGUGUGGCACCUUACACAACCUGGCAGCUGGGAGGAGGAGGAACAUGUGCACCUAGCCCCUCACCUUGCCACCUUCACCUACCAUCAUGGACUCUGACCCGGAGAACCUGGACAAGCAGUUCAGCAACAGGCUGUUGCUUCGUCAUGCCAGUCAAAACUCACUUGAUGAGAGUUCGCAGAAACACAUUCCACGUUCAGAGACCAAACACAAGCUGCCCUAUAGGAAUCCUCAACACUUUCCUCGAGCAUUUGACAAUUUGAAUUUGAUGCGCAGGCAGAGUCAGCUUUGUGAUGUUGUUCUAGUUGCUGAUGACUCAGAGGUGCCGGCUCAUAAGAUGGUUUUGGCUUCGUGUAGCCCGUACUUCCAUGCUAUGUUUACUAGUUUUGAAGAAAGUCGACAAGAAAGAAUAGUAUUACAAGAUAUUGAUGGUAGUGCGUUACAACUUCUCAUUGAUUAUGUAUACACAGCAGAAGUGUUAGUUACAGAAGAAAAUGUGCAGGUUCUUCUUCCUGCUGCCAAUCUUCUUCAGCUGACAGAUGUUCGAGAUGCUUGCUGUGAUUUCCUGCAGUCUCAGCUACAUCCCACAAAUUGUCUUGGUAUCCGAGCCUUUGCAGAUCUUCAUGGGUGUCUCGAACUACUUUCCAUUGCAGAAAGUUAUGUCGAACAGCACUUCACAGAGGUUGUCGAAUGUGAAGAGUUCCUGUCCCUGACUUCACAACAAGUGACCAAACUCAUAUCAAGUGAUAGACUCACCACCCCAUCAGAAGAAAAGGUAUUUGAGUGUGUGAUGAGCUGGGUGAGUGGUGAUUUAACCAACCGAGAGCAGUACCUGGCAGAACUUAUGGAAUAUGUGCGCCUGCCACUGCUCUCCCAAGACUACCUCAUCCAGCGGGUGGAAGAAGAACCUCUCCUGAAACAAGACACUCAGUGCAAAGAUUAUCUAAUAGAAGCUAUGAAGUAUCAUCUGUUAAAGGGUGAACAGAAGGCACUGUUUAAAUCUCCAAGAACCAAGCCUCGGCAACCUGUUGGUCUUCCUAAGGUAAAUUUUAGUGAAGUUCUUUUGGUGGUUGGUGGACAGGCUCCUAAGGCAAUACGCAGUGUAGAAUGUUAUGAUUUUAAGGAUGAACGAUGGUUUCCUGUGGCAGAAAUGCCAACAAGACGUUGCAGGUGUGGUAUAGCUGUAAUCAAUGGAAAAGUAUAUGCUGUUGGAGGUUUCAAUGGGUCUUUACGUGUACGCACAGUGGAUGUAUAUGACCCAACUCGGGACUCGUGGUCAUCUUGUGCCAGCAUGGAAGCACGACGGUCUACACUUGGUGUAGCAACACUCAACAGUUGUAUAUAUGCUGUAGGUGGCUUUGAUGGCUCUACCGGCUUAAAUAGUGCAGAAAUGUAUGACUCCAAGGCCUAUGAAUGGCGGAUGAUUGCCCCGAUGUCAACCAGACGAUCUUCAGUAGGAGUUGGAGUUGUGAGCGGAUUUCUCUAUGCUGUUGGUGGGUAUGAUGGAGCCUCACGACAAUGUUUGGCAUCAGUAGAAUGUUACAGUCCAGAUUCUGAUGUGUGGUCUUCUGUAGCAGAGAUGUCAGCACGCAGAAGUGGAGCAGGUGUAGGAGUGUUGGAUGGCCUCCUUUAUGCUGUUGGGGGCCAUGAUGGGCCACUUGUGAGGAAAAGUGUUGAGGUUUACAAUCCAGAUACCAAUAGCUGGAGCCCUGUAGCGGAUAUGAAUCUUUGCCGGAGAAAUGCUGGUGUGAUUGCUUUAAAUGGUCUACUGUAUGUUGUUGGCGGAGAUGAUGGUACGUCCAACUUGGCCUCAGUGGAGGUGUACAAUCCUAAAACAGAUGUUUGGACACUUCUACCAGCACACAUGGGUAUAGGCAGAUCAUAUGCUGGUGUGGCUAUUAUUGAUAAACCAGGUUUCUGAGAUGAGGCAGAAGGUGCAGGGGAGUGACUGCUUUCAGUAUUGAUACACAGCAUUUAGUAUCAUAUGGACUACUUUAGCAUAAUUUUGCUACACUGAGUUUUGUUGAGAUGAUUUUUGUUAGGCAUUACUCUCCUUUUUCCAUUUAGUGUUCCCAGAACCUUGGCCAGCAUGACACAUGUUGCCUGCAACUCCGUAAAAGAUUCUAGUUCCUUGCCAAGUACACGUAUCUUAUAUCAGUGAUAUUACUGGUUGAUUACAUUAUUUAAUGCCAUUUUUAGUAUUAGAGCUAAGCAAGUAGCUUUAAUUAUUAAUGGUUUAAAAUAUAGGGCCAAAUUGCUUAAAAAAAUAGGUUCUAUUUUUUUAUUUUUUACUUUCAUAUGGAAAAAAUGGUACAGUACAACUGAAUAAAUUUAUGAUCAAAGAAAGUAUCAUUUUUGUAAAAAUAAGCAUAUUUUUCAAUAUAUAAUAUUUUUACAUGAUGAAUUUGUUUUAAAAUGCAUCAGAAUAUGGAUGACUUGUUAGCAUGGGACCAUAACUUUUCCAGGUAAAAACAGUAAAUGAACAAUUAAAAAUUGACUUCAGCAAAAUUAAAUCUGGAAACUCUAUAUUAAUCUUGAAUCUUUCAGAUGUUUCAAUGUGUAAACAUGAAAAAAGAAGCUGACUUUAAAUGAUAAUAACAAAAGAACAUUGUGACAAUGUUCUUUUGUAAUUAACUCAGUGGUAAGUUGUAUGAAAGGCAACUAUGCCUUUUAUUCCAAGCUAAGAUUCUAAUGUUAGCAGAUAGAAGGUGGAUGAAAGCAUUGUUUGUUACCUUCAUGCUUAUUUGCUUGUUCGUACAAUAUUGCUUGCAGCAAAAAAAAAAAAAAAGUUAAUGAUCAUCUAAUUACAGUAAUUGGCUUGUAAUCAAGAUAUUUUUUCUUUUAAUACUGUUGUCAUGUAUAAAUCCUUGGCUUAGCCUUUUAACUCGGAAUUUACUGAUGAGACUCUUCAAAUUUUUAUAGGGAUUAAGUCACUAGCAAGAACUUAUUUGUCAAUUUAAUUACUUAGCAGCCUGUUCUGAGAUGGUCAUAAAUCCAAUCAUGCAGCCUUUAGAGCCAUUUUCAAAGAUCAGGUGAGAUUAAUAUGCAGUAUAUAGUAUACUGAGAUGGGAAGUACAGUGCCUGCACUCUGAAGGAGGGGUCUUAAUGUUGCAGUUUAAAAACUGUAGUGUAAAGCACCCUUCUGGCAAGACAGUGAUGGAGUAAAUGAUGGUGAAAGUUUUUCUUUUUCGGGCCACCCUGCCUUGGUGGGAAUGAGCCAGUGUGAUAAUAAAAAAUAAUAAUAAUAAAAAUAUAGUAUAUCCUCCCAUUUGGCUGGAUACUUUUGAAAGUAUUUUUGACAGUGUUCUAAAAAAAGAUACCAAAAGUUUAAACUGCAUUAGUACUUAUCCCUCUCCUUCAGUGGUGAUUAAAACUUGGGAUAACUUGAUUGUCAUCCUGUGAUAACUGCACUGCUACUGUAUCUUGUAUUAAAGAUUUUUCCUUGCUUGAAAUACUAAGAAAUUAUUAAGAGUUUUACUUUUAUGUAGCUCAGCUUAACAAAAUUGUUAAGUUGAACAUGUGACCAUUGUAAAAAACAAAAUCACAAAAAUCAUUUUGUGAUUUCUGUAUAGAAAAACUUAUGGAAUGUUUGCAGUCUUGUGAGAUUUCAUUGCAUACUCAAGUUUUUUUUUUUUUUUUCUCUCUAGUUCACCAGCCAUCUCCCACCAAGGCAAGGUGAUCCAAAAAAGAAGAAACAAAAGUUUUUCUUCUUUUUACAUUUAGUAAUUUACACAAGAGAAGGGGUUACUAGAGAGUUCUAACAUCUUAUGUGUGUGUUGAUUGAUUACACUACCAGCACCAAUAUUAGAAAAUUAUAAUGACUGCAAAUUGUCACAUAUUGUAGGUUUUUGAAACCAUGGUGAUUUCAACUGAAUAUAGAAUAAAUAACAGGAUGUCAUAUAUUACAAGCUUUGUUCCUACAAAUUAGCCUUAAAUAUUUGAAAGCAAUAAUUGUUAGUUUUCCUUGGCAGCUACAAAUAUCAUGCUUGUGAUUGCAGGUAUAAAUUAUGGAAUAAUUAGUUGUUUUUUGCUUGGCAGCUGGAAACAAAAUGCAUGUGAAUGCUAGUACAGUUAAACUGAUGUAUUAUAAUUCAUUAUUGUAAAUCAUUUUUCUGUAAUGUUGUCAUGUAUGCAUAGUGGUUUGUAUGUGAGAAUGAGUUAUCAUGGAAGAUGUUGCUUGUGUGUAAAUGUAUACUAGUUAAUUAUUUCUUGUGUGCAUAGAUGGAAUACUUUGAGAAUAAUGAUUGUGUUAGGUGUGUAUGUGUAAGCUUUUGUCUGUAUUAAUUAUAUGUAUAACCAUCAGUUUGCAGUAUGAACAUUGUGACAAUUUUUCCUCUCAUUUUGGUUUGCAGAUAUUAAUUUAUAUAAUUAUUAGUUACACUAAAGCAAAUAGGGGACUAUAUGUUCCUGAAAUUGGUAAAAAUUGCAACUUGAGCAUUUCAGUAAUAUAAUGGGGAAAUUAUUGUACAUGACUAAUAUCAUUACUUACAUACUGUAAGAUAAUUUUCAGUUUCUCAUGUGUUUUAUUGUUUUUGAUAGAGUAGAUAUAAUUUUUACUUAUAACAAAAUUAUCAUUCAACAGUUUGGGACAAAAUUAGGAAAAUUUAGUGUGAAGCAUGCUCAAGUGUAGAGUUUCUAAUGUUUAUUCAAAAUAUAAUGUGGAAUUAAGCACUUAGCAGUAAAUCAGAUAUCAACAAGCUUUUUAGGCAGCCUUGAGCUUUUUCCUGCAUAAAACUUUUCCACACCUCAUUAUAUUACAAAUCCAUUAGUUUCACAAUGUGCAAAAUGCUCAUUAACUAGUCAAUCAAGUACGGCACCUUCAGGUCGGGCCAGACAAUGGAAAUAUGACAUUGAAGAUACUACUUCACAAUAAGCCAUUGGUUUCCUGUCCCAACAGGGCAUACAAUACCAUAUUAAUUUACAAGCAGCACUACACCUCACUGCAUUGUGCUGUAGACUUGGCUAAUGAUCCUAUAAUUAUCGAGCCAUCAUAUAAUUAUUUUUUAGAGUGUUGGUUUUCAGCACCCCAUGAAAAUUAUUGCAUUUAAAAAGGCAGUAAUUAGAAACAUGAUAAACAAAGAUUAAUUUUACCUUAUGCAGCUGCAGUCAGAGAUGAUGCACUCAUAAAUUUACAAGAGUUCUUGCUUCAGUCUGAAAUUUUGACAUUCAUCUUGUAAGAUUUUCCUGUGAAAAAACAAUAUAUUUUUGAUCUGGAAAUGGAAACUUCAGUACUGUACAGUAUUCCAAAAUUACGUACUAAGAUAUCUCGGUAUUCGUGAUGAUAAUACCUGACCUGCAGAAGAUUUUGCUGCUGAUCAAUGGAGGUAUUGUAGUUCCACAUUUUUUCUCACAUCUACAUCAUGAACAAGUGCAUCUUUACCUUUUUUACUUGGAUCUUCCUCUCAGAUCAAACCCGAUUACCUGCUAUUCCAUAAGCAGUGUGUGACCUCUGUGGGUUUAGCACCUGCUUGUAAAUAUAUGGUGGUAAUACUUUCUAAAGUAUGCAAGACCUACAGGCAAAUUAGUGAUGUAGUGUGCAAACUGUAUGAAUUGCUACCCAUCCUCUUGCUAAACUGUAUAAGUUAGUGAUACGCACACUGGCAAUGAAAUUUGCCUUUAGCAAUUUAUCUUUCUACUUAUACUGAAAAUAGCUUAAAACACUUCACUGGCAUAACCUUUUUAAAAGUUUAUAAUUAAAGCCAGUUUUGGCAUAUUUAGAAUGUUUGUGUAUGAUUGUGAUGAGAAUUUGUGGUGUGUCAGAUUUUCAAAUGAACCUUAAUGUUAAUUUUUCAUUGCAGACAUUUGCUGUUGAAAAUUUCUGAUGCCUUUGCUUUUAUCAAGGCAUACUGAAAUGUGGUGUGGAUUUUCACCAAAGAAUGUACAAUAUCUAAUAGGGCUUAUAUUUAUUUCACUGUAAAGAGUAUUGUCUGUGGAAAAAAAAAAAAUUUGAAGUUGGGGAAAAUGGGUGAAAAUCUUGAGUUCGUGUUAAUAAAGUGUUGAUAUCUUGUCUGCUUGUCUUGUGUUUACACAGUGAUAGUUCUGGGGAUCCCUCACAAUCCACUCUACAAGACCUUGUUGACAACCCGAUAUCAGAACUGUUUCAACUAACCUGCUGGAGCCUGUAGCUUGCAGUUCAACGUAGGUGAUCUAAGAUGCUUUGUAGAAAUCUGUUAAAUUCCCUAUUGAAUGCAGUAAGGGGUCUGUUGGUAAUUCUUCUUUAUUUGAAAGGAGCAAAUUUAAAGCCUUUUGACAUCAUGUUGUGUUAUCUCUUACCAUACUAUUUUCAGUACUUUGACAUCAUGUGCUCUGCUGUAUUGUUUUAGUUUGAUUCAACUCCUCCCUUCUGUUUUUAUUUCUUUGGUGCCUUCACAUGCAUUUUUAUUGAUUUUUUUUGUUUCAUUCUUGUGAUGGCUCCUGUGGAAAGUUCCUUCAAAGCAAUCUUGUUUUUCGUUUUUGUAUAAUUAAUAUUUUUUGCUUUCAUACAUAAAUUUCAUCAACGGUGCUGGAAGCAACCUCUUUCAGAUUUGUAAUAAGUGUGCCUUGAUGUUGUGCAUGUUAUAUGUAUUAUUUAGAAAAUUAUUGCUUUCACAUGUCUUCAUUAUCAUAAUAUUCCUCUCCAUCUUUCCAAUAUACAUUGUCCUCCCUAUCUAACAUUUUCCCUCUUUUGUUUUUAACUGCUAAGUCUAUUUACUCUUCAUGCUUUCUCAUCUUAUUCAUCUCUCUCCAAAACAGUUGUUGCUCAGUAAUUCAGACAACCUUAAAAUGAAUGAAUAUAUUUCAUUCUAUUUAGUGAAGGGAUUCAGGGAAACCGUCAUUUUUAUAGAUUUAGCUGGGCUUGAGUCCUGAAAAUGGGAUGUACAAUGCUGCCUGCACUUUAAAGGAGGGGUCUGGGAUAUUGACAGUUUGGAGGGACUUCUAAACUGUUGUAUCUGAGUGCCUCUGCAAAGACAAUGAUUAUGUAUGAGUGAGGUGAAAGUGUUGAAUGAUGAUGAAAGUAUUUUCUUUUGGGGGAUUUUCUUUCUUUUUGGGUCACCCUGCCUCGGUGGGAAACUGCCGACUUGUUGAAAAAAAAAAGUAUUUUGGUUACACAUUGACAGGCUGGGUCAAGGAAAAUAUUUGCCAUCACACACUGGUUAUCUUUCCAAAAAGGCACAGAUAUCACAGGCCAUUGUUGACCUACCACACUGCAUCAUCCCCACUUUAUUUUCAUGCACUCUCUUUGUUUUCACACACUUGCCUGCUGGAUAUUUAAGCUUCUACCCCAAGGCACCUCUUUCAUACCCCAGAUUUAUACGCCACCUAUAAACGUUCAUCGACAUAAUUUGAGUAAUUCACUUUUUUUUUUCAACACAUUGGCCAUCUCCCACCAAAAAUAAAGGAAAGAAACAAUUAAACAUAAAAAUAAAGGAAAGAAACAAUUUCACCAUCAUUCACACAUAAUUACUGUCUUUGCAGAGGCGCUCAGAUACGACAGUUUAGAUGUCUCUCCAAACAGUCAAUAUCCCAAACCCCUCCUUUAAAGUGUAGGCAUUGUACUUCCCAUUUUCAGAACUCAAGUCUGGCUAACCAGUUUCCCUGGCUCCCUUCACAAAAUAUUACCCUGCUUACACUCCAACAGCUCAUCAGGUCCAAACAACCAUUUGUCUCCAUUCACUCGUAUCUAACACGCUCAUGCACGCUUGCUGGAAGUCCAAGCCCCACACCCACAAAAUCUCCUUUACCCCCCUCCAUCCUUUUCGGGGCUGAUCCCUACCCCGCCUUCCUUCCCCUACAGUUAUUUCUUAUUUAAUAGUCCACUUCUUUUCCUUAUACACAUCCAUCUGCUCUCUCUCAAUUUCCUUUUUAAACAACAUUUCUCCAAAAUUUUCUCUAAAUUUUCAGUGAGUUUCAUUCUGGCAUUUUGCUAUGUAUUGCUUCUUUUAAUUGCUCAAUUUUUUUUCACAUACAGUAGCUUACCAUGUACUUUUUACACUGUAAAACCAUUAAAUAUGUUACUUUUUUUCUUUACUACAAUUUGUAACUCAUACCAGUUAUUUAUGUUCUUGAACCUACAGUACUCUUACACCUUAUUCAUGUUGAUAAAUUAGACACAUGUGCAACUCUUGGGUAUCUUUAUUGAGGAAACGUUUCGCCACACAGUGGCUUCAUCAGUC